AUGGUGUCGGUGCCUGUCGAGUGCGACGGCAGUCGGCUGAAGACCCUUCGUUUGGCUCUUUCCUCUCGUCUCCUUCGUUCCAUUAUUCACUUCCUUCCUCUAUACUCUCUCCUCCUCCUCUCCCUCACUCCCCCUUCUGCCUCCUCCUCCUCAACUCCUCCUCCUCAACUCUUCCUCCUCCUCAACGCCUACUCCUUCUCAACUCCUCCUCCUCCUCAACUCCUCCAUUUCCUUAACCCCCCUCCUCCACUCCUCCCCGACUCCCUCCGAGCUCUCGCCGUCCUCGCCGUCCUCGCCGUCCUCGCCGUCCUCGCCGUCCUCGCCGUCCUCGCCGUCCUCGCCGUCCUCGCCGUCCCCGCCGUCCCCGCCGUCCUCGCCGUUCUCGCCGCCACUCGUCCCGCCCCCACCGCCAUUGCCUCACGACGGUUCUGCGGCGAGUUUGAUGCUAGCGCCUCCCGCGGCCUCCUCGUCCGCCGCAUCGUCGCCGCCGUCGCCUCUCGAUUCUCCAACAGACGAUUCGUCUUUUCUUUGGCCGCCGUCGCCGUCAUCGGCGCCAAGAUCGUCCACAUCUACGCUCACCUCUCCUCCCUGUCGACCGUUCACCUGCUGCAAUGGGGUUACAGCUUCUUCGCCCAGGACACGGCCCUGCUCGUCAUCCUACGCCUGCUGCUUGACGCCUCUCUCCUCGCCUCGGCGCCCGUCCUGCUGCAGCUCCUCGCCACGACCCUGGCCGCCGUCGUCAUCGCCUACGUCGCCGCUCUCGGCGCCAUCCAGGUGGCCUUCUUCGCCGUCGCCGGCAACGAGAUCCACUGGCGCAACAUCACCGUCGCCGGCGAUGCCUCGUCGCGCGCCCUGCUGCUAAGCGGCAGCCUGACCCUCGCCCUGGUGCUCUGCCUCUUCGUCGCCGUCGCUUGGGCCGCGCAGGACCUGACCUUUGCCCUCGUCGGUUACGCUGCCCACGUCGUCGCCUGGCCUUUCGUCAACGCCAACCGAAUCCUGUGGCCCCGUGCCGGUCGAUACUCCGAGAUUCCGCAGCACGACGUCGAGGAUGGCGGUAAGCCGUCGUCGUCGCAGCCGGCCGGCUGGUCUGCCGCCACCCUGUCCCGCUGCCCCUGGAGAUCCCUCUUCCGGCUGUUUGCGCACCUGCUGGCCGCUGUCGCCAUGCUCGCUCAUGUCGUCCUCUUCGCCCUCCGCCCCCAUGAGAGCUCCAUGACCUUCAUGUCGUGGACGCCGGCGCUCCUUCCCUUUGUCGACUUCAAAAAUUCGUCGCCGAACCUCGACAAGCUCGUCCCAACCUACGGCUCCGGCAUCGACCGCGCCUGGGACGACCGCACGGCCCUUGCCGAUCCCGUCCGCCUGCCCUGGCUGCCGCCCGGCCCCGCUCUCGCCGGCUUCGAGGACUGGUACGCCGGCAGGAAGCACUACAGCGCCGCCGCCGACCCUCUCAAGGCGUCGAACCUCGACGACGAUCUGCUGGAGCCCCUGCGCGGCAAGCUCCGCGAAGCGCCCAUCCGACACGUCAUGAUCGUCAUGCUCGAGAGCACCCGCAAGGACCUCUUCCCCAUCAAGAAGGACGGGCUCAUAUGGAACCGCUUCGCGUCCUCGUUCGAGAACAAGACGCUGCCGGAGGCGGCCCAGCGAAGGCUGCAGACGCUGACGCCCACCGCCAACUACCUCACCGGCGACUACGCCGACGGCUUCGCCCACGCCGAGCCGAGGCGCCGAGGCGGCUUGAACUGCAACGACGCCUACACGACGGCGACCUACACCCUCAAGAGCAUCGCCGGCCUGCUCUGCGGCCUCUCGCCCCUCGUCGCCGACUUCAAUCGCGAAUCCAACCACCACUUCUACCAGCCGUGCCUGCCUCAGCUUCUCGACGCCUUCAACGCCGUCGACCACGACGGCGACCCGGACGCCUUCACCUCGUACAAGUGGCGCUCGUCCUUUCUCCAGUCCGUCGUCCUCAAGUACGACGGUCUCGACCGACUCGUCUCCGACAUUGGCUUUGCCGACGAAAACGUCAUCGGCAGGGAGUAUCUCAAGAGCAGCUCGGCCAAGUUCGGCACCGUGCACGAGCCGGACAUCAACUACUUUGGCAUGUCCGAAGUCGUCCUCGACAAGUACAUCCGGGACGCGUUCGCGUCGGCCCGGAAGAACGACGAGCGCGUCUUCAUGACGCACGUGACGAGCACGAGCCACCACCCGUACGCGAUGCCGGCCGACGAGGAGUACGUGCCGCUCUCGAACGGGCUCGACGACCUGUCGCACUACGUCAACGCCAUAGGCUACGACGAUCGCUGGCUCGACCGAGUCCUGUCCAUUCUGGACGCCGAAGGCGUCGCCAACGAGACGCUCGUCGUGCUCGUUGGAGACCACGGCCUGUCGAUCCCGGAGAAUGACGUGCUCGCGUCGUACUACAACCCCAACGUCGGCAGCAACCACGUUCCGCUGGUGCUGUCGCACCCCAAGCUGCCGCUCGUCGACGUCGACGGGGCCGUCUCCUCGUUGCAGGUGCUGCCAACGAUCCUCGACCUGCUGCGGGAGACGGGCUCGCUGCCCAAGGCGGCCGCCGAGGCUGCCCGCGACCUCGCCGCCAACUACGAAGGCCAGUCUCUCCUGCGGCCGAUGCGCAGCAACAACCAGACCACCCGGACGGGGUCGGGACGACCCGCACCGCACGGCGACUGGCAGUUUACUGUCAUCAACCCAGGAUCGGCCAUGCUCGGCGUCCGCGACGCGCGCCCCGAGAACGGGAAAUGGCGUCUCGUCGUGCCCGUCGUCGACAACGUCGAGUGGCGCUUCUCGAACCUCGACUCGGACCCGACCGAGAAAUAUUCCGUUCGAGUCUUUGAAUUUUCCACCUUUCUGCGCCUCGUCGAGGAGCGAUACGGCGUCGAGGCGGCCAGAUGGGCCGAAGAGGGCGCCUUCGUUGCGCGCUGGUGGGUCGAGGAGAAUAGCCGGCGGUGGCGGUACGGACCAAACAGUGUUUAA